UUCCGAGAUUUUGAUUCUGGAGUGAAGUGAGAGACUGAGAUUGAUUAGAGAUGGACGAUUCAGGAGCGAUUCUAUGUCAAAUCUCCGUUUACAAGGACAUGCUUGAUCAGGUCAAUUUGGAAAUCGAGGCGAACAUUCAGGUGACGCGAGAGAUCGAAUCAGAGAUCGUAAGAUGUUCUGAGAUGGAAUCGACUCUCUCUUUCAAAGAAGCUGAGCUCACUAGAUCGUUCCUUGCUUCUCAGUUCGAAAUCAGCGGCUUGAUCUCCGUAACAGCCGAUUCAAGAAACUCUCUGAAGCUACUCGAGGAUGAGAUUUGUCGCCUGAGAAGUGAACACUGUGAGCUACUCAGAAGGCUUACAGAGAAACGGGAAGGUUUUGUGAAGAAAUGCUUUGAAUUUCAGAGGGAUGUUUCUGUUGAUGAAGAUAAUGAAUUAAGGAGUUUAUUGUCGGAGAGGGAGUCUCUGGAAAAUGAAGCUCGAAUGUUAGAGGAGAAGAACACAACUGUGAAGAACUCGAUUUUGGCUUACAUGGAAGAUGAAAUGUGGAAUCUUUUGUCUGAUUAGUUUCUGGAAUGAUGAAAGUUUAGCCUUUGGAUUGGAAUAUAAGUACUGGAGUGAUGAUACUUUAGCCAUUUGAUAAGUUUUCUGGAAUGAUGAAAGUUUAUUUAUUUGAUUAGUUUCU